AUGACAGCUGCUUCAUUUGUUACCGUCAGAGGACAAAUCAUUUCAUUGGAAUCACAAACAGAAUCUUCAUUAUCUCGUUAUUCUACAUUUGCACAAACUACAAGUUCACAAGCAAAUGGCGAUGAAAAGGCAUUAGAUGAACAAAUUGAAAAAAAAUUAUACAAGAGGCAAGAAAUUAUUGAUUCACUAGAUAAAAUCGUUCAGAAAAAUCCAAAUAUCUCAUCCUCUAAAUUAUCACAAUUACAACGUCAUAAGGAAAUAUUGCAAGAUCAUUGGAAAAAUUUCCGUAAUAUUAGAUCAUCCAUUCAACAAGAACGUAACAGAUUGAACCUAUUGUUUAGUGUCAAGACAGAUAUAGCUCAACAUAACAAUAAAACGAACGAUCCUGCAACGAAUGAAAAUGAAUAUAUUCAAAAUGAAUCCAGAAGAAUUGAUCAAUCAAAUAAUGUCUUGGAUAGAUUAAUAUCACAAGCUUUUGAAACGAGAGAUCAAUUCCAAAACCAAUCAGUUCUUUUACAUAAUGCAAAUAAUAGAAUCUUACAAACUUUACAAAGAAUCCCUGGUUUGAAUCAUGUUAUUGCCAAAAUAAAUACAAGAAGGAAAAAAAAUGCAUUUAUAUUGGCCACUGUGACUACUUUAUGUAUCUUAUUCCUAUUCUUCACGUGGUAG